GAAGCUUGCUCGUUAGUGUUGAUAAAGCUACUGGCAUUUUAAAGAUGACUGAAAUCAUUAAAGGGCACCCGAGGCUGCUUCGUGGUUUAAGUUUCUUCUUUCCACAGGUUAAGAAAUCCAUCUCUCCCAAGGAUAACAGUACCAUCCAUCAUGAGGAUAAGAGAACCAUCAUUCUCAAGGCUAAGGCAACCAACCCUCCCGAGGCUGAGCAUCGUGGUGCUAAGUCUAAAUAUACCAUAAGAGAACGUAUUGAGCAUGAUUGGGAAAAUUUUAUGGACAUGCUUAAGACAAGGUUUCGGAGCCUUGAUACUCAUGUAGUUGAGUCAUUUCUCAAGAUAAUGAUAUUGCAUAAUGAAGGAAAGAUGUCUGAAAAGGAGGUUAAAGAGGAGGUCGUUGAUCUUCUCUAUUAUCAUGAAGAUUUGAUUGACAAAGUCGAUGCUGCUAGUGUCAUUGCUAGGGUGGAGGAACUCAUGAAAGAUCACUUGAAUCUGCUUCUUGGUUUCUGUGUCUUCCUUUCAGCUAAAAUGAGUUUUAUCACGAAGGUUAAGGCAAGGUUUCAGGGCGAUGGUAGUCAUGUCGUUGACUCAGUUCUUCAGAUAAUGAAAGUGUACAGUGAGGGAAACAAGUCCAAAAAUGAUGUGUAUCAGGAGGUCGGUGCACUUAUUCAGGGUCAUGGAGAUUUACUCAUGGAGCUUUCAGAGAUUUUCAGUGAUUCAUAGAGUCUAGAGAUUGCUAAAACAGUAAUGGAAGACAGUGUAUACCUUCAGAGACAAAAAGAAGAGUAAAGAUUCAAACGAGAAGAGAGUGCUUUUAGUUUGUUUUGUAAACAUUUGAGUUUAGUUUGAUUAACAUGACAUUCACAAAUAUGCUAUGCUUCUUUUGUAGAGGUUUCUUUGAUAUCAAAUGUUUUUUUCACUAAAUAUUUCUUCGUUAC